ACAUAGUACUCUGGUUGAUUUCGAGGCACCUAAGGGCACCUAGUACCGCCAAUUUCGUGCUUGGCUACCGUUUCUGUAGUAAGCAAGCACAUCCGAUCGAACGGAUAUUACCUGGCACGACCAAUCGGCGUGUACGGUCCUAGGCCAAAGCUUGAUGGGUCCUGGUACCGGAAGUUCUGCCUAUCGUUGGGGGGCCUAGGUUCGCCUUCUUGCGGUCCCGAAACUUUGAAAGACACGUUUAGUAGUACACCCAACGCGGACUUUUUGGUUGUGAAAUAUUUGAAGCCGCGGGAACAAACCAAGUUUAGGUUUCAGUGAUUUCAUAGCAGACGGGCUAGUUCAUGGGCGGUGGGUGUUCCAAGCUUAAGGCGUGUCCCAGGCUAUUCCAGCCUGGUUCAGCUUCUCCUCAAAUGCAACCGCCAUGACACCAAGAGUUUCGUUCCCAAGCACUGAUUCUGCUAACCUUCCAGCUGCCCCAAUCACUCAUCUUCCAUUCCGGCGAAUUUCACUACCAAGCGUACCCAGCUCGAGCCUUUUGUCCGCCCAACACCGUCAAUCUGUCGCCAGUUUUGCAUCAUUUGACUCUCUGCCUGAAGAGCCAGUCGUCAGGCGCCCUAAACGUCGUUCACUAAACCGCAAACAUUCCAGGGCACCAGGACCAGUAGAUAUAGCACGAGAAGCAAAACGCGCCAAAGUAAUAAGAGAGUUUUGGGAUACAGAAAGAACUUAUGUGCAGGGACUGGAUCUCGUGCAUGAUCACUUUUUGAUACCGAUCAUAGCGUCGCUCGAUGGUCCUCGCCCGCUCCUUACGCGCACAGAAUUGACUACCAUUUUCUCAAAUUUUAUUGACAUCUGGAACUUUCAUCAUGCAUACUUCAGUGCACUGACUGCACUGAUCCAUCCUGCUGUGUCUCACCUAGAUGACCCACACCCGCCUCCAAAUCCGAACCCAGCACCCCUCUCAGCACUCCUUCUCUCGCAUUUUCCUUACCUCUCUCUUUACACCCCAUUCAUAACCGCAUUCCCAAGUUCUAUAUCAUUCCUUGCACGUCCACCCGCAGCUUUUGCUAUAUUCCUACGAACCCAAGAGCGCGAUCCACGCUGCGGGCAGCUGAAACUCGCAGAUUGGCUCCUGAGCAUCGUUCAAAGGUGCCCAAGAUAUGUGUUAUUGCUCAGGGAAUUGAUAAAUGUAGAAAGGAGAGAAAAGGAAGGGGAGGGAGAGUGGGAUAGACUCGGGAAGGUCCUUACUCUUGUUGAGAAAGUAACAUCUUCUCUCAAUGCAUCUCUUCAUGCACACGCGCAUACACUCGCCCUCCUCGCCCUACAACGUGCUACCCUCGGCCUCCCGCCCACCUUACAUUUCGUCCAGCCAGGCCGCACCUUAAUCUUCCGUGCCCCUCUAGUGAUAGACUCUGGCGGUGUAACCAUAGAAGGCCCAGGUAUAGGAAGAGGCAGGCGAGACCGCAUAUGUGAAUUUUUGCUAUUCGACGACGUAUUGGUAUGGCUAGACUACGACCCGUCCACUCUGCGCGAUUCCCACUGGUACUCUCCCGCCACAGAUGCUAGCGAAGAGCGGCAUACAUACACGUACAAGAACCACCUCUCCCUCGUCGAUAUCGAGGCGGUACUCGAUCCGUCGCAUCACCCGCCGCGCUUGGAGAUAUUAAGCCCUGGAGGCUCGUUCGCGGUAUAUGCGGUUCCGUCCCCGUCAUUAUCACCAAAACGUCUUUCUUCCUCUGCUUCAGAACCCGCGUUAGCCACCCGUCCCUUAAGCUCGACAUCAAACGAUACUCUACACAAUUUUCUCCAUCUUUUGCGCCAGGCCCGAUCUGCGCUCCUGGCGCGCGAUCCGUCGGUUGCGCUCCGGGGUGUUAGGAUGCGUGGGGUGUUGUGGGCGGAGGCAUAUGAGCCGGGAGAGGGUGAUGAACGUGUGUCUCAUUUGGGGCAUGUUGAGGGUGCCGUUCCUACAGACAACCAGAUCCAAGAACCCGAAGACCCGACAGACACCGAACAAGGGAAGAUCCUGGACCCAGCGACACCAAACAUAACUCAUCCAAACCGCGUAGAAGGGCUACCCCCAUCUACCCGACCCCAACGCGCACCGCUCCCCUUCCUACCCCCCGUUUGGGUUCCAGACGCGAAGACAGACGCAUGCAUGCGAUGUGCCCGUCCGUUUGGUUUUGUGAGGUUCACAGUACCUCUAUCGAUGUCUGUAUCUUUCUCCUUGCCGUCGUUUCCCUCGUUUGAGUGGGGGAGGAGUGUCAAUCAAGAUCAAGAGGGGAAGGGUACAGGCGAAGAAGUGGUCGGUGUUGGAUUGGGUGGUAGUGGAGAGGAAAGCGCACAUGAAGGCGAGAGCGGUGGAGGAGAGGGGAGUGCUGGGAGUGGAGAAGGGAUGUGGAGAAGACGGCAUCAUUGCAGGCUUUGUGGGAGGGUUGUGUGCGCUGAUUGUUCUGGACGGACAUUCUACAUCACCGACCCAUCCUCACAAUCCUCGCCCAGCAAAAAGACCAAAGCAAAACCCGCACGCGCAUGUAACGAAUGCUACGAAGCUGCGUUUCCUCUCGUCCAUUCCUUCACUAGUAGUUCUAGUACUCCAUCCACUCUUUCCGCAUAUCCGUCUUCACACCACGCCGGCCCAUCUUCAAACCAUACUGGCCCAUCCCCGACCCUCCUUGGUAUUCCAGCCUGGCUCUCUACACCUAUCCUCACUGAAGGGAGCAGUGGUGCAGAUGCGUUGAUGGCGAUGACGUUGAGCCCUAGUAGGGGUCGGAUCGCGAUGAGUGCGAGUCCGUCGAGGAGGAGAUGGAGUUCUAGCGCAAGUCACCCAAACGCAAGCCCGGGACCAUCCAAACGUGAACUCAGCGCGAGUCCAAGCAAGCGCGGGCUCAGUCCUGCCCUUCUCCCGCGGGUCUCGUCAACUGAUGAUGCUCUCUCUCCAUCUCCCAUCACGCUCUCUCCUUCCUCCUCUCGGUUUACCGCUGAAGACGACAUAUACGAAGACGAAGACACAGACGUGCCAACUGUACGCGAGAUGCACCAACCCUCCGCGCUCCUAUAUCCCGCGCUAUCCGCAUCCGCCACUCCACGCGCCCGCGCCCGCGGAGCUACCAUGAUAUAUUGGAGGAUUUUGAGGUACAUGCGAGGGGUGGAAGUGUGGCUAGUUCUGUGGCGACUUCCUUGGGGGCUGUGGCUGAGGAGCGGGCAUCGAGGAUCGAUGAUCGGGGGUAUCAUGAGGAGGUGCAUGGUGUGCACGAGGGAGAGGAUGUACACGGUGGUGGAGAGGGAGGGGAGAUUGAAGACGGGCUUUCAAGACAACUCCGUGAACGCGAGCCCACACCCAGAUAUGUCCACGAAAAGAACGAAGAUACAGCCAGGAAGAAGAAACGGUUCUCAUUACCUGCAGUAGCGGUGCAGACGGUGCCUGUCGUGGCUCGCUCUGCUCCUGUUGGGAAUUCGCAUAAUGGGUGGGGGAGGCGAUUUUCGCUUGUGCUUGGUGCGC